AUGAGUACACGUUUUAAAUUUAUUAUUGUUGUGACAAUUGUCAUAACUUGUGUUCCAAUGUUAUACUUCUUAAAAUUCAAAAAUGAUUUGACCAUAUUAACUAAUUCAUUUACUAGUUCUACAUUGCCAUCUAUUGUUGGAACAUUUUCUUGUGAUAGUUGGAAAAAUUUUUCUUAUAUUAAUAUUACAAAAUAUGAAAAAUGUUUAAAACAAAGUCGAGAUGAUAGUUUUUGGCCUGUUCAAGGAAUACGUCAUACAGCUUUUAAAGAUUUAUUAAAUUCAUCUUCACUUAUUAUUGAAGUCGGUGGUAAUACUGGACUUGAUACAUCUCAAUUUAUUACAUUGUAUAAUCCUUCAAUAAUUAGUUUCGAACCAUUAAUAAAAAUGUCGAAAAUAUUAAAAGAAAAAUUUCAAAAAAAUUCAAAAAUAGAAAUUCAAUCUUAUGGACUUGGUAAUCGAGCAAGAAAUCUAUCAAUUGAACCAUUUGAUACUGAUAAUACUGGUACAAGUAUUUUUCGAAAAUUAUCCAGAAAAAAUUCAUCAAUAAUUGAACAAAUUCAAUUACUUGAUGUUGUUCAAGUUAUUGAAAAUAUUCGAAAAACAAGAACAAAAUAUGGAAUAAUUGAUAUGAUUAGUAUUAAUUGUGAAGGUUGUGAAUUUGAAAUUUUACCUUCUCUUAUUAUAAAUAAUAUGACACAAUACUUUCGAAUUAUACAAUUCGGAUCACAUAUGAGUUUUAUAACUGAAUCAUCAUGUAUUUAUUGUCAAAUAGAACAAGCAUUAGAAAGAACACAUCAAAUUAAAUAUCAUUACACAAUGUUAUGGGAAGCUUGGAUUAUAAAGAAUAAUAUAAAAAAAUAA